AUGUGGCCAGCCCGGUCAGCGCGUCAGCUUCGGUCGAAGGAUCCUUUGGUCCGCUGGCCUUGGAGCCCAUGCCGCCUUCACAGCUGGCAGCCCACCUCCUCCAAGGAGCUCUGCACUGCUCCGCGCGGCAGACGACUGGCGCAAACCGGUGGCGCGAAGGAUGUGCUGGUGCGGAGCUUUGUGCUGAGCGUGUUGGCGCGAUUGGAGGAUCCGGACUACUUAAGCCCGGAAGCUUCCACCUUGGCCAGCUGCUUGGAGGACGUCGCAUGGAAAGUCCGUCGGGGAGCAUGCCAAGCCUUGGGUUGGUGCCACUCCGCUGCCGUGGCGCCGCACGCCGCCGCGCUCGCGCGCUGCGUGGACGACGACGACGCGCGGGUGGCGCGGAGUGCACUGGGGGCAUUGAGGCGCUGUGGUGACUGGGCAUUGAGGCCGUGGGCUCAGCUGCUCGCAGAGCACUUUGAUGAGGAGGACGAGAAGAUGAGAACGGCUGCCCUGGUGGCCUUCGCACAGAUCAAAGGUGCCGAGGUCCUUUCCCCGCACGCCACGGCGCUGGCGGCGAGUGCGCACGGUUCGGAGCCGGGCCCCGUGCGCCGCGCCAGCUGCCAGGCCCUCUCCCGGUGCCAUCCACAGGUCCUCCAGCCCUACUUGCACCUUUUGGCGCCCUACAUGGAGGAUCAGGACCUUGAGGUCCGCAUUGCGGUGUGCCAGGCCUUUGCGAAGUGCGAUCCCUCCUUCAUCGCGCCUUACGUCUCCCCACUGGCUCGGCGUCUCAAGGACUGCCUGCUGGUGCGGUGGAAUGCCUGCCGCGCCUUGCUGGAGUGCAAGCCCGCGCUGUUGCUGCCGCAUCUGGACUUGUUGACUGAACUGCUGCAAGACCACAACAAGCAGGUCAGGCAGCUGGCGCAGCGACUGCUGGCACGCUGCUUUCCCGAGGCCAGUCCGAAGACUUGA